AUUAUUAUUAAAUAUCGAUAGCCCACUUGGAUAUAUUUUCAAGCUGUGAUCAAAAUCUAGUUGUGCAAUAUACAACGCUUACAUAUUACUCAUCACAUAAAUAAGCCAAGAAACAAAAUUUACAAUUAUUAAUACGAUGGGCAAAGAUUAUUAUCAGAUUCUGGGCAUCAACAGGACGGCAACUGAUGAGGAAAUCAAAAAAGCUUACAAGCGAAUGGCCCUUAAGUAUCAUCCAGACAAAAAUGACCACCCAGAGGCUGCAGACCAGUUCAAGGAGAUUGUUGUAGCAUUUGAAAUACUAUCAGAUAAGGAAAAACGACAGUUAUACGACCAAUAUGGAGCAGAAGGCCUCAAAAACGGCUUUGGCCAAACUACUUUCGCAGAACCAUCAGCUGAUAUGCUACCGUUUAUAUGCGCCGUUGGAGGAACAGUUUUGUUUGCUUUUGCAGCAUUCAAAACAUUCCAAUAUUUUACCAAGAAACCUAAUGCGGAUCGCAAAAAUGAUGACAGUGAAUGAAUCUCCAAAAUUAUAAUUAAUUAU